ACCACAAUUGUUAUCUCUCUGAAUGUGACAUUUUUGAGAUCUUUCCACCCAAAUGAAAAAAAAAUCAUCUAUGACAGUGCCUAAUUUUUAUCCAUAAUUCGAAAUGCAGUUGUAUUAAUAUUGGAAUGUUCCGGAUCGAACGUAUGAUUUAUAAAACAACUUAUAAGUUAGAAAUUAAAAGUCAUAACUAGGCAGUAUUUUAUGUUUAACUUUUGAUUUAUUUUUAAAUGCAAGUAAUCACUUUAAGCUUUUCCAAACACCUUUAUAAAAAAAAAAAAAGAAAAUUAUUUAGAAGUAAAAAAUAUGUAAAAAUAAAAUACUAGAAACGGACGCUAAAAAACCGCCGGCACGAGUUGCCACAUCAAAAAACGUAUACUAACCUCAAAUCCUAGGGUCGUUACUAUUCAUCUUUUUUUUUUUAACCUUUGAAGAAAUUGAAGAGUUUCUUCUAAAUAUGAUUCCAAAUUGCUCUCCAACACAAGCACUAAUUCUUAUUGGCCGGUGAUCUUUCUCAUAAAGUUGUACCACUUUCCUAUUCCACUCUGAAAAUUAGUGCAUGCAUGUAUACAUAUCCAUUUUCCCAACUCUCUAUAUAUAUAGCCCACCAACUCAAAAACAUAUAUAACAAAACUUUCCAUGGAGAAUUAUUCAUCUCUUAGUUGUGAAAUACAAAUCAUAAGAGCAAGAAACGUGGAUCGAACAUUGUUAGGAGGGAGUUUGUUUGUUAGAUGCUAUCUUUAUUCAGGAGAUGAUCAAAGAGUUGAAAUAAAGAGCCAAGAAAUAAUCCCAUCAAAAUCAGGUGAUCACUUGUUUUGGGAUGAGUCUUUCUCAUUGGAUUGCUCUGGAAGUCAAGAUUCCAUUAAUCGUCUCAAACAAGGUAGUGUAGUCGUGGAACUUCACUCAAGAAAAAAUCUUCUUCUUCUUCUUCCAAUUUUAGGUGGUUCAAACAUGUUUGGAAGGGCUGAAAUUCCAUGGAGAAGUGUUUUUGAGUCGAAAAACAUGGAGAUUAUGGAGUGGGCAAUUAUGGAUAAAGUGAAUGAUGUGAAGCCAAUGGCAGUGCAAAUCGCAAUGAAGAUAAGGGUAAUAGAGACAAUAAAAGUGAAGAAAAAUAUUAAUUCUAAGUUGAGAAGAUCAUCAUCAUCAUCAUGUGCUUGCAUGGACUAUUGUGGGUGUAAUAGUAGUAAUGUUUUUAGGGUUGAUGAUUAUCAAGUCUUUGCACUUGGAGCUGCUCUAGGUGCCUUGUAACUUGUUAGUGAUAGCGUGCAUGCCCACCCCAAUCAACUCAGGAUCAAGUAUGGUACCCUGUGUGACAAACUACAUUCAAGUUUCCUUCUACUUAAUUAGAAGGAAAAUAUAUUUAAUGAGUAAUAACGAAUUUCAAUUUGCUUUAAGUUGUAAUUUAUGUAUGAAGAUUUUUAUAUAAACAAAUGAAAAUAAUUAGAAAAAACAUUUUCC